AUGCCUGCUUGCCUACUGGCCUGUCUGGUUGCAUGUAUGUGUUGAGUGGGUGGUUGACUUGUUGACUGAAACUAUGAGCCGCUGACGUUCACAUCAUUUAGGUGUGGCUUGUUAGACUCUUAAGUGUGAUCCAGGAACUGCAGGUUGACCGGCUGCAUAAGUGGCUGAGCCAGUUAGUUUCAGUGGGAGAAGGAGCUAUGGCAGAUACAGCCACUGAAGACACAGACCUCAACUCCUGCAUGGAGGAUAAAAGUAAAGGAUGUCCUGAGAGUGUGCAGAGCCCUGACAAGCCUGAACCUGCAGAUGGACUCCAACAGAACGGGAAAGUGGUUGAACCUCCUGUGAUCAAGAGCAAAGAGGAGCAAAGUGAGGAAUCCAAAACAGAAGAGAUCAAGAUUCAGGAAGAUCUAGAGGAAUCAGAGGAUCCCAAGAAGCCUGAUGAGGACAAGAAGGAGGACGCAUCGCAGACUGAAGGAGAGAAAGAUGAGGUGAAAAAUGGAGAGAAAAAGGAGGAGAAAGAAGAAGAGGCAAAGGAGGAACCUUUGGGUCCCGACGAUGUGGUGUGUGAUUCGUGUAUUGAGAGCCCCUGCAGGGCCCUUAAGUCCUGUCUCACCUGCCUGGUGUCGUACUGCGAGGCUCAUCUCAGACCUCACCUGGAGAACCCAAAGUUUCAGAACCACCGGCUGGUGGAGCCGCUCAGGGACAUCGAAAGGCGGACGUGCGAGAGCCACAAGUGGCCCCUGGACCUUUUCUGCAGUGCCGACACCUGCUGUGUCUGUCAGGAGUGUGUGACUGAAGACCACAAAGGCCACAACACCGUACCUGUGGUGGAGGCUCGCAGGCAAAUAGAGAAAGAACUAAAGCAUAAGCAGACUGAGAUGGUGAAGACAGUGACAGCAGCGGAGAACGCCAUCAACAAACUUCAAGUCAACACAGUCUCCAUCGAGCAUUCGGUGACUGAAGUGCGAGAGGUGAUUGAGAACCAGUUUGCCGAGCUCCAGGCCGUGGUGGAGAGAGCAAAGAGGGAGGUGACUGAAAUCCUGGAGGGAGAGGAGAAGCAGGCUCGCAACCAGGCCGAGGGGAUCCGGGUCCAUCUGGAGCAGAGGUGCACGGAGCUGAAGAAGACUCAAGCGCAGGUGGAGAAGCUCUUCAAGAACAAAAACGAUGUGGACUUCCUGCAGGAGUAUUCAGAGUGGAAGAAAGAGACCCCUGAUAUUUCCCUGCCUGGGAUCUACAUCGGCCUGAUGGAUCGUCUAAAUACCUUCAGCCGUGUGAUUGUUGACUCCACCCAGGAGCUAUGUGACAAGCUUGUCUCUUCAUACAUAGACAAACUUAAAGAGACAUGCAAAAACGACAAAGUGGGAAUAAAAACCACAGUCAAAGAAAUUAUUGCAGCGAAACAGAACAUGUCCAUACCAGAUCCAGAGACGCGUGAGGACUUCCUCAAGUAUUCCAGCCAAAUAACAUUCGAUGCAGAGACGGCACAUAAGUUCCUCCGGCUGACAGAGGAAAACAGGAAGGUGACCAAUACCACACCCUGGCAGCAUCCUUACUCUGAUGUGCCUGAGCGGUUUGAGAACUGGCGCCAGGUACUGGCAACAGAGAGCUUCUAUUUAGGGCGACACUACUUUGAGGCAGAUAUAAGCGGGGAGGGCACUCACAUUGGUCUGACCUACAAGAGCAUCGACCGCAAGGGCAGCGAGAGCAACAGCUGCAUCACGGGAAACGAUUUCUCCUGGUGCCUCCAGUGGGACGGGCGCAGCUUCUCUGCUUGGCACAGUGAUGUGGAAACCCCUCUAAACGUGGGAAAGUUCACACGUAUCGGGGUCUAUGUGGACUACACUGGAGGCGUCUUGGCUUUCCACGGUGUGGGUGACACCAUGACCCUCAUCCACAAGUACAAUGCAGAGUUCCUGGAGCCUCUGUACCCAGCGUUCUGGCUGUCCAAAAAGGAAAAUAUUGUUGCCUUAGUGCCUCCUGGGGAGCCAUUACCGCUUAAAAGCCCCUCUCCUCCCACCUCACCUGCAAACACGGCUGUUCCCCCCGACACAGCAGCUGAGUAACACUUAGAGGUAAAAUUUUCCUGGAGCAGUUAAGUGAGCAUUAAACAAUGCAAGUGCACUAUUACUGUAUGUGAGAGGAUGUGCAUAAAAUACAAACAGAGGCUUGCUCUAUUUUUGCUUUAUUGCUUGUAACAGUUUGUUUAUGUUAAUUUUUUUUAUUUAAUAAUAAAAAUGUAUUUUAAAAUAAAAAAAAUAAUGAGAAAAUUGUAGCUUCAAAUGGUUCUCAUGCAUCCUCUGAAAGAAUUCAGGUACACCUCAUAUUUGUACUUUUGGGACUACUGUUACUUUUUAUUAUACUGUGAUGUCAUUUCUAAGCUGUGU